UAGCUAGUUUCAGCGAUCGUGAUCUUGACGUCGACGUCUGGCAGACUGUCAAGUCUAUUCAUAAAUUACCUCGUGUUUGAUAAACAUUGGGGACACACCGGUACGUUGAGUACAUAAUACUAGUAUAGCUUGCAUUCAUCAACAUCGUACACGCAUAAACACAAGUUAUCAUCGAGACCGAAAGCAAAACCCGCGGCACCGCAUUACAUUACCGGUACACUACACUCUACAGCCAUCGCCAGGCAAAACCACCGGCCCAGCAGCCGCAGCACUGCAUGGUCUCGUCUUGGUUGAAAUUGAAAUAAGAAUAAGAUGGGUGUCUCUCGCUAUGUUAUCAUCGGUGUCCUUAUUUUAGGAGCUCUUUCUGGCUAUCUCUUCCACCCUCCUGUUCCGAAGGGCCUCGCAGAACCAUGGAAAUACCGUCUGGUUCUUGGUGUGGCGAAAAUUACACGAGUUUUGGCUUUUGUCAAGUACCGGAUUGCAAGCAGAAACCAGACAUUUAUGGAUACAUACCGAGGGAUGUACAGAAAACACAGACCAAAGGAGCUCAUCCCAGGAUCAAACAUAAGGUCAAAGGUCAUGAACUUUGAUGGGGUCAAAGUUCGGGUGUACGAGCCGAUUGAGAGAAAGGAGGAGGCUACCCCAGCCAUGGUUUUCAUGCACGGUGGUGGUUUGGCUUUAGCCAAUAUUGAUGUGUAUGAUCGUCUUACUCGGCAGAUGGCGGAGAAGUUAGACAUUGUCUUGGUGUCAGUUGAGUACCGAAAGAUCCCCGAACAUCAGUUCCCUGCUCAGAUCGAAGACUCAAUGAUAGCAACCAGAUAUUUAUUGACUCAUGCGAGCGAUUUCAAAGUCGAUGCUAGUCGGGUGGCUGUAUCGGGUGAUAGCGCCGGGGGCUACCUCGCAACAGUCAUAGCCCAGCAGGUUUACGACGACCCGGACCUGCCUAACAUAAAAGUCCAGGUCUUGUUUUACCCCGGGACGCAGAUGUUCGACUUCCAAACGCCUUCCCACCAGAAGUGUACGGCGCUUUUCGGUAACAACGGGAUGCUGACGCAUCAGACGCUGGCGUGGUUGGGUAGCAUGUACCACUUUGGGAAGGCGGACUUCGAGUUCAUGGGUCAGGUGAUGAGCAAUAAUCACACAGCACCCUCAUUUAAGCAGACGAAGCGCUACCAGAGAAACAUUAAUCAUAGCCUGGUCCCGAAAGAGCUUAUCCCGGACUUUUACAAGCCGCCGCCCAACAACACGGGCAGCGAUGCACUGUGGGAGAAGCUGAAGGAUGUGUACAUGGAUCCGAGGCACGAUCCCCUCAUGCGGGACGACCUCCGUGGAAUGCCGGACAGUUUCAUCGCAACCUGUGGGUUCGAUUGCAUCCGCGACGAUGGGAUCAUGUACGCAAAGCGUUUGGAACAAGCCGGGAAUCACGUGGAGUGGGUGAAUUACAACGGAUGCUUUCACGGUGUCCUCUGGCAAGGCUGGAUUAACUUUAAGAAUGGCCGAAAGAUGCUCGAAGAUGGUCUUGCCUAUGCAAAGAAGCAUCUUUGAGUCAGAAUCCAUUUUAUUUCUAUUCACCUUUAUUCGCCAUCUUGCAACAUGGAUACAAGUAUAAAUUAUUAAAUUACAUGUAUAUGAAAGCUUUAAAACCAGUUGCAGCAUACUGUAAAGUGAAAACCAUCCUCAAAAAAAGGGUUGUACAUACAUGUUAAUUGUGUAUGUUUUCUGCGAGCAAGUGGCCAUAUAUGUUGUGGUAUACAGUGCACAUGUAUCUAAGAAUAUUUGCCAGCGCACAUAAUUGUUUUCCAAAUAAUCUCUUGCCAUCAAUUUUUGUUUACUAUCAGUAGCACCUGUCUUUUCCUUUGGUGGUGAUUUACUGCUACAUUCAGU